CCUGAUGCAUAAUCGCAGAGUGCUGUGUCCUUGCGUUCUGUCAUAAGAGUCCAAGCAUCGCCGGCAGCUCCGGACCAUCAGCAGGAGAACAGAGGACAGAGUGUCCGACCAAGAGUGUGUCUGUCUCGGACACCAGGAAGCAGAGUUUACCCUCCUCUCUCUCCCGGCAUGUGGAGCCGCUUUCUCCUUGGGUGACCUACACGCCACCUCUCUUCCCGUCCGUACGUCACAGCUCAACACCUGCUGGUCAAGAGGAGCGGAGGGUCAAGAAGACUCAAGUCCAACCGAGACUCUCCUGCAGGCUUCUUCAGGCCCAAUGUGGAGCAGCUGACACCGGCCAACUACACCGACACUGACACGCUGAGGACACUCGAAGUCCAGUCGUGUCUGCAGCGUCAGGUGGAGACAAAGUGACAGGACAGUGUCCGUGUUUGCGUCUGCGGGAUUUAAACAAAACGGACCAGAGAUUUUCUUGGACUAACUGUCGUUCACAUGAUGUACACAAUCACCAGAGGUCCCAGCAAACUUGUUACACAACGGAGGACAGGUCCAACACAACAGAUCGAGAGCAAAUUCAGCGACUUAAAGCUCAAGCCGACGACUUGGCUCGCGACGAACUCUCCGCCCCCAAAGAUCGUAUUCAACCGCCUCAACGGGAAGCGCUACCACAGUGCGGCCGCGCAGAGAGCCAACAGCCCCACAGAGGGAUUCACUCCUGCACAUGAGGAGAACGUCAGAUUCGUAUAUGAAGCGUGGCAGGAGGUGGAGCAGAAGCUGGGGGGCGGGGGCAGCGGGGAGUCAACAAACAGGCCGGGGCCCGUCCAGUACACAGAGAAGACCCCCAGUGCUGCGAUGAAGAACUUUGUGCCCAUCGACCUGGACGAGUGGUGGGGUCAGCGCUUUCUUGCCAACCUGUCGUGAUUGUCUGAGGCUUUAAAUGUGCACAGGAAGCAGCAGAAGGAAGCAGUUCAGCAGUUGAUGCUCCAUCGGUGAAGGCAUCACAGGAGCGAGGGAGGAGCAGAGUCCGUCCCCAGGAUCUGUGGCGCGAGAGGGCAGUGCGUAAUUUGGAAUUAGAUUUGAGGCAACAACACAGGCCUGACUGUGAACACAGCGCUGACCUGACUUUGUGCUGUGCUCUCUCUCCUACUACUGAACGACGUUUUGGAUAGAAGUUAUGAGAUUGUGCUUGUUCAAGAAUCUCCUCCUCCUCCUUCUUUCUCAAGUGUGCUCUGCUGUAUGUUUGUCUUUGCUGAUCUUGGAAUUUAAAUAUACUUGAGAACAAA